UAUGGCAAGGCAACGAAUGAGAAAAGAAUACUAAGGCCCAAGAUUGUAAGGCAGCAGUCAUAGUAAAAGUAGGGUUUUGGUGUGUUUCGUGCUUCCUACAAAGUGAAAGAGAAGUGGUGUCGUCUGCCUCUUCGCGGCUAAGCUUUCAGCAACCAUGGGUAUCUCACGAGACUCUAUGCACAAGAGGCGUGCCACUGGUGGCAAGAAGAAAGCGUGGAGGAAGAAGCGAAAGUAUGAACUUGGCCGCCAGCCUGCUAAUACUAAACUCUCAAAUAACAAGACAGUCAGACGAAUCCGUGUGCGUGGUGGUAAUGUAAAGUGGAGGGCACUGAGAUUGGAUACAGGAAAUUACUCAUGGGGUAGUGAGGCAGUCACACGUAAAACUCGUAUCCUUGAUGUGGUUUACAAUGCCUCAAACAAUGAACUUGUUCGUACACAAACACUGGUCAAGAGUGCAAUUAUUCAAGUUGAUGCUGCACCAUUUAAACAAUGGUACCUCCAGCAUUAUGGUGCUGACAUUGGUAGGAAGAAGAAGGGGCCCGCUAAGAAGGAUACUACUGAGGAAGGAGAAGCUGCUGCUGCCGAGGAAACUAAGAAGAGUAACCAUGUUCAGAGGAAAAUUGAGAAUCGCCAAAAGGACCGUACACUUGAUCCUCACCUUGAAGAGCAAUUUGGUGGUGGUAGGCUUUUGGCCUGCAUCUCUUCACGCCCUGGUCAAUGUGGCAGAUGUGAUGGGUACAUUUUGGAGGGAAAAGAGCUUGAGUUCUACAUGAAGAAACUACAGAAGAAGAAAGGCAAAAGUGGAGCUGGUGCUGCUGCUUAACUGGUGCAAUCAGACUAGUUUCAUAUGGUUCUCUAUUGUUGUAAUUCCAAUUUCGGGGACAUGUGAUUUUGUAUUCAGUACCUUUUAUUCUCUCUUGUACUCUUGCCAAAUUUUAGUAUGAUCUCCUUGACUACUACUCUUUAGCAUUAUCAGUUUUUCCAUGGUCAGUCCCACUUUCUCUUGAAGUUUUUGUGAAUUAAGUGGGAAUGAUAUUCAUGGUCAGUUUUGUCUGAUGGAGUGGUUUCCUGCA